AUUGCAGGGUGAAGUAAACGGAAAGAAGGAAUAACUCAAAUCCACUGAAAUAAGUUGAGCAAUAAAGUCUCCUGCAAUGGAGCUUGUCAGAUAAGGUGUUAAAACAGGCAGCACUCAGGCUCCACUGUGUUAAACCCCUCUACAGAUGUGUCUCGGGUGUUUCUUCCCUCAAGUUUCAACACAGCAGCUUUCUGAAAACCUCUAACAUUUCACAGGUCCUGAAUUUUUGAUGCUGAUAUAUUGCUCAGAGUACCAUGAACAGAUUUGUGUGGACAGAGAUAAAUUCUUCUGUUUAAAAGGGGAAAGGCAGUAAAAAUCAGAAGUGUUCUUCUCACGUAGCCUCCCACUCCUUGUGUUCCUUGUUUGUAUUUUUUACCAAUUCCAACCUGUCAGGCUGUGCUGCUUCCAGUUCAUGGCCAGAACACCCUGGGGAUGAUAAGGAGUGGUGGGGCUCACUCACCUUUGUCCUCGAGGCAUUAGCAGGUGAAAUGUGCUGGGUGUUCGCAAGGGACAGUGCUCAUGGGCUGAGCUUUGGAAACAUCAAACUCAUUUUUAUCAGUCCCUGAAUAGGGUUAAAACUCAUGGGUGAUGAAGAACUUUUGCAUCCUCGUGGUUCUUAAAAGAUCUCUUGAUUUCUCCCUCAUGUUUCUGUUGUUCAGUUAACACCCUCUGGUCUGGUUUUGAUGUGAAAUAAAGUUGGGUCCUGUGGAGCCCUAUUUCUGUUUCGGGACAUUUUCCACAAUUCUUAAUUUGCACAGUGUUUUAGAGUCUUUGCAAGGCAUAUCUCCCAUGAUUUUUAUUUUAACUGCAUGGUUCGUGUAUUAAAAAUUAUUAAAUAAUUCUCCUAUUCUCCUAUUUUAGGAAGAAGUUUUUCCUUACCCAGAAAUUAGCAAUGAAGAACUGGCAGAAAUCAACCAGUUUGUGGGACCUGUUGAAAAGUUCUUCAAUGAAGAAGUGGACUCGAAGAAAAUCGAUCAAGAUGCAAAAAUCCCACCCGAAACCUUACAAGGACUGAAGGACCUGGGUCUCUUUGGCAUGCAGAUUCCAGAGGAAUAUGGUGAGUAAAUGCCACAGAAGAACAUCUAGGGGUGCAUUUUGUGCCGCUUUUGUACCUCUCCAGUUAAAGCUGCUACAUUCCUGUAUUUCUGUACUUGAAAUGGAUUUUUGGGGGAGCGGGGAAGUGGCACAAAAAAUGUACUGAAAUAAAACCUGGUGCCUGUUCCAGGUGGGCUGGGCCUGUCAAACACCAUGUAUGCACGUCUGGGAGAAAUCACCUCCCUGGAUGGCUCCAUUGCAGUGACCCUGGCAGCUCACCAGGCCAUUGGGCUGAAGGGGAUCCUCAUUGCUGGCACCGAGGAGCAGAAGGCCAAGUACCUGCCCCGCCUGGCCUCGGGGGAGCACAUUGCUGCCUUCUGCCUCACCGAGCCCGGCAGUGGGAGUGAUGCUGCAUCCAUCCAGACAAGGGCAACCCUGAGUGAAGAUGGGAAACACUUCCUGUUAAAUGGCUCCAAGGUCUGGAUCUCCAAUGGUGGCCUGGCCAGUAUUUUCACAGUGUUUGCCAGGACAGAGAUUGUGGACAAGGACGGGCAGGUGAAGGAUAAAAUCACUGCUUUCAUCGUGGAGCGGGACUUCGGGGGCGUCACCCACGGGAAACCCGAGGAUAAACUGGGCAUUCGAGGCUCCAACACCUGUGAAGUACAUUUUGAAAACACCAAAGUGCCUAUAGAGAAUGUAAUUGGAGAAGUUGGAGGGGGAUUUAAGGUUGCCAUGAAUAUCCUCAACAGUGGAAGAUUUAGCAUGGGCAGUGCAUCUGCUGGAAUGAUUAAGAAGUUGAUAGAACUGACAUCAGAGUAUGCUUGCACCAGGAAACAAUUCAAUAAGAAACUCAGCCAGUUUGGAUUAAUUCAGGAGAAGUUUUGUUUGAUGGCUGUGAAAGCCUACGUGAUGGAGAGCAUGGCUUACCUGACUGCAGGGAUGAUGGACAGGCCAGGCUUCCCUGACUGCUCCGUCGAGGCUGCCAUGGUCAAGGUGUUCAGCUCUGAAGGUGCCUGGGCAUGUGUGAGUGAGGCUCUGCAGAUCCUUGGAGGCCUUGGCUACAUGAAGGAUUAUCCUUAUGAACGCUACCUCAGAGACACCAGGAUCCUGCUCAUCUUUGAGGGCACCAAUGAAAUCCUGAGAAUGUACAUUGCACUGACAGGGAUGCAGCAUGCAGGGAAGAUCUUAACUGACAAAAUUAAAGCAAUCAAGAAAGGAAACGUGGGAGUGGCGCUGGGGGAGUUCCUGACCAGGUUACAGGACACCCUGGGCAGGAAGGUGGAUCUGGGGCUUGUAGGUGACAGUGGGGUGGUGCAUCCCAGCCUCCAGGAGAAUGCCAAGAAACUUGAAGAAAACGUUUAUUAUUUUGGAACUACAGUCAGGGGCCUGCUAAGUAGGUUUGGCAAGACAAUAGUGGAUGAGCAGCUGGUGCUGAAGAGAGUGGCAGAUGUGGUGAUUAAUUUGUAUGCAAUGACUGCAGCCAUCUCCCGGGCCAGCCGCUCCAUCAGCAUCGGGCUCAGGAACCAUGACCACGAGGUGCUUCUUACAAAUAUCUUCUGCACAGAAGCCUAUUUCAAGAAUAAUUAUGCCAUGGCUCAAUUAGAAAAAUAUGCUGAUGAAAACCUGGAUGAUUCCAUUAAAAAAGCUGCAAAGCAGAUCCUGGAGAAGAGGGCAUACAUCUGCUCUCACCCUCUGGACAGGACCUUCUGAUUCCUCCCUGAGAGCAGGCACAC